UUUCCCGAAAUCGGGAAUUUCUCACUUGGCAAUUGGCAUUCGGGUAUUAUAGACUUUUGUAAUCGGCAACACUGAUGAGGCGAUAGGCCAUCGUAAGUCGUAACUCGUAAGGCGAAAGCUUUGCAUGAAAGCAUUAUUUCAUCACUUGUUAUUUGUUCAAUGUUUUAAAGGAAAUUUAGCUUUUUUCUGAUUGUAUAAAAAAAAUACAAUCAAAAUACCACGGAGUAGUACCUGCAAGUGUAAUCAUUUAUUGUGUGUGUUGAGUGUUAAAUUAUUGGUGUAAUGCAUAGACGUAAAAUUUCCGCCGGGCUUCGGCGGUUUUCGCCGUGUUUCGCCCAGCUGUAAUGUUUCGGCCGUAAAAGACAUAAAGACAUAUGAGGUUUGACAGCCGGUAGGCUUGCUUCGGUUUGUUACAUUUAUUUUCUUUAAAAAUGAACAGUCGCAAUAGUGUGAAUAAAAAUAAUUUGAUGAAUUUUUCGACUGGAUUGACGACACUUAAUCAGUUGGACCCUAAGGAUGAUCUCGUGAGGUUUCCUUUUGACCAUAUUUACGCGUGCCGGAUCCUGGACGGAGAACUGUUCUUCCUCUUGAUAAGCAGGUGGAACAAGCAUCACGAUUGGUAGUAGCAGAAAAAGAAGACAAAUAUUUUAACUUGAAUAAAAUCCAUGAGCACCUGAACGCCUUGGAACUGAAAAAUAAGCGUUUGAAAGAUUUACUAAUUUACCAUUUAGAGUUAGUACAACAAAACGAGGCAAUUACAAAGAAAGACAAAUUAUAUCAAGUACUGAAAUUAGAGAAUAAUACACUCAAGGCAAAAUUAGUUGGUACUUUUGGAUUAAGUAUUGCUUGUGAUCCACACGAAAUGACAUACCACCCACCUGAACCCACAUCCACUGUCACGUCUGAAACAAUAAGCCAGAAAUCUCCACAGAUUGUCGAUUUCUAUCCAGCUGUCACGAGCCACAGGUCGCCGGAAAGAAAAAAUGACCUAAAAGAAAUUUUUGAGCGAGCACGAAUCUCUGCACAAGCACUAAUUGAAAAACAUAAUAGAGAAAUAGCCGCAGGAGCAAACUACGCCCAGCUAAAAACGUGUGCCGGCCAAAUGAUUGAGAACAAACGUUCCGGGAUGAAGAAGGCGAACUGUAAGGAGCCACAGAGCCAGGCUAAGCCACGACAAGCCAUGAAUAGCGCUUUCGAAUUCAUCAACAAUGGCAUAGUGAUGACGAAUCGAACGCUAAAGACCAAUGAGCUGUUUCAAGUUAGACUCGACCUGGUCAUACCCAAGUGGGCCGGCAGUAUCGAGAUAGGGGUCACGCAGUAUUCCUCCAAUGAUAUAAAGACACCGUUCAAAAUGAGUCACGCUAAAUCAGGCACUUGGGUCAUGGCCGGCGAAGACAUUAUUCGCAAUGGAAGCGUUAUAAUACCGAAAUAUAUAAGAAAUCUCAAUGGAUUAUGUGAGGGAGACACCGUGGGCGUGAUGCGAAAGGACAUGGGCAUCCUACAUUUCUUUGUGAAUGGCGUCGAUCAAGGUCCGGCCGCUUUUAAUAUACCAGGUCAAGUUUUUGGUGUUAUCGAUUUAUAUGGAAGAGUGGCGCAAGCGACGAUAGUAGACACCUAUUCACCGCCGACGACGUUUUCACCGGAAUCCCCGAGCUCUUUCGAAUCAAAUACUACAGUUUAUCCGGAAAUGUGCUUCCACCGCGUACACGGGCGUAAUGCACGCUUGAGUCGGACGCGAUUGACUGCGUCACGUACGGCGGUGUACUCGGAGUUCAACGAUGCGGUGCUCUUCAGUUCUAGGCCUUUGCGAGAGUGCGAUAUGUUCGAACUGAGGAUAGAUUCUAUGGUCGAUUGCUGGAUCGGAAGCUUGGAGAUCGGUGUGACGGCGAUUCGUCCGGAUGACCUGGACGACUGCGUCCUAGCGGGAACGGCGACGGACCUGAACUACGACACGUACAUUUUGAGCGGCUCGGCGAUGAUGAAGGACGGAGAGUGUGUGAGAAGUGGAUAUUCCUUGGAUCUGGAUACAUUGACUGUCGGCAGUCGAGUCGGUGUCAUGUGGCACGCGGAUAGAAGCCUCCACUAUUACUUGGACGGAAUGGAUAUGGGGAAGGCGUGGUUCGUUCCUCAUUUCAACAUCUACGCAGUUGUCGACCUUUAUGGGCAAUGCACGCAGGUGACGAUACUACAAAACGAAGAAAGAACAUUCAACUACAACGGCUGUCCACUCGCCGAUAAUCCGUUUUUCGGUCUACCGCGCUUAUUGGCCACACCUCCACCGUCAUAUUGGAGUUUUUCCGAGUACUACGGAGACAACGUCCGGUUAACUCACGAGUAUUCGGUCGCGAAGAGGUUGACUCCCGAUCCGACGGGCGCCCUGAUCUUCAGCUCCGAUCACUUGGCCGUCGGGGAGAUGUUUGAGAUAAAAAUCACGGAAUGCCAAGACAGUUUCGCCGGAGGAUUUCGCAUGGGAGUGACCGAUAUCAAUAUUUUGAACGCACACGUCAAUCGAAGCCUGCCCCCGUCUAUUAUAUACUUGCCACAUUACACCGCUUAUGUCGAUGGGAGAUACUUGAAAUAUUCAAAGCCCGGGACCAGAGAGCGAGAUUGGUGCACUGUCUCACCGUCAUUCGAGUGGCUGAGACCCGGAGACCGUGUCGGUCUGAAGAAGACUACCGACGGACGUGUAUUGGUGUAUUACAACUGCGAGUGUAUCGAUACGGCAUUUGAACGGGUUCCCGAUAAAGUGUACGUGGUGAUGGAGCUAUAUGGAUGCGUUUACAAGAUUCAAGCAAUAAAACGGGACAACGUUGUCGCCUUGCCGCAAACAAUACCGAACGACUCGUCGUACAUAAAACCUACUACGGAGGUGGAAGUGGACCUUAACAUGGAGAGUUGUACGAGUGAAACGGAAGGCACCCUGUCUACGGUGACCGUGAUGCCAUCGGAGAGACGGCGGCGGUCGCCUUUACCGUACACCUUUCACUAUGUGCACGGAAAGAAUAUCAAGCUGUGUAGCUCCGAUACUGUAGCCGUGCGUACGUCGGGCUACGACGAUGCGAUCGCUAUCGUCAGCCAGCCUCUCAGAAGGGGCCACAGUUUUAGGUUCCGGAUCGACAAGGUGGACGAAGACUGGGAAAGCAGCGUGGCGAUAGGGGCCGUGGCGACGCUGCCCACGGACAGUCUGCCGCCGGUUGCGACUCGGCUCGAGCCGGCCGCCUGGGUUCUCACCAGCGACCACUUAUACGAUGGCACUCGUUAUUUACGCGCUCCGAUGGCUGUCGAGCUCGAAGAUGUGAACGAGCGGUCGGUUCUGACUCUCCACUUCAGGUUCAACAGUGAUCUGGUGGUGGAGUUAGACGGAAGAGUUUUAGCCGUCGUCGGAUCCGUCUCGAGACUCCACGGCCACGCGUACCCCUUGGUCGAUCUCUACGGAAAAGUUUGUCAGGUCUCGGUGUUGCUCCAUCCGUAUUCUAUUACGAGUGGAACGUCCCUCGAUUUGCCGAUAAUCGCUGAAAACAGACGCGAAGAAUCUCUAGCGGAGCUCGAACGAGAACUGGAGAAUACGAGUGAAGAUAGAUUGCAACGUAGAAACCGGGCAUUCAGUGAAAACAAUUUGAUAGACGAUUUCGAGACGGCGGGUCCCAGCGCGGACGUCGGAAACGCCGUAUUCGACGACGUCAGAAUCGCGCGGAGCGAAGCGAUGCAUCGGAGUUUAACCCUGACCUCGGACAGGGGGCCCGGGGUAGUGCAGAAGAGUCGCUCCACCCACAAUUUCAGGACCGAGGAUUUCGUCGGACGAGCGAGGGACGACUGCGAUACGAACAUUCGGCACAACGACCGCUACCCCGAAGCCGAUGUCGACAAUCUGGAUAACGAAAUCGUGGCCGCCCUCACCUCGGAGACGGGGAAUCUUCCGGAUCUAACCGAGGAACGGUCUCCGUCGACGGACGACUCCGCUCGAAGGGACGACGCCGAAACGUUUUCGGUGGAGAAUUUAAAUUAUUUGAACCGGAUUUUGGGCUCGGAUCGAGAGAGCGAAGGGAGUCUAGAGGCGGAGUGGGAGGCCUCGGGCGAAGGCUGCGAGCAUCUGCACUCGGUGCUGAAGUAUUGGAACUCUCUGGUGCCGCCUUACCCGGAGUUGAGGAGAGCGGUUUCUUGGGGACAAGUCGAGUGCCACUGCGACAAUUGCGUACCGGACGCCGAGCCGUCGUUCGCCGGUUGGGUCCGCAUCGAGCGUAUCGACGGGGUCGGGGCGGCGACACGUGGCUUCUGGCACAUAGGCCGUUCGACGCUCGGCGCGGCGCAAGCGGUCGAGCGAGCGGUCGCCGAGCGACCGGCCGAGAUGUCUUCCACCCUUCUCACUACGCCUGGCGACGUGUGGAUGGACGAAGAAGGGAAGCCGCAUCAUACGGUUUUAGCCAUAGAGAUCGAUAUAGAGGGCAACGAAGCCGAUAAAGACAGGCUGCUAGCCUUUCUCAUUUACAUGAAGCCUCACAUUGUUUUCGUCGACGAUAAUCCACCGAGCCUCGACGGAUGACCGACGGUGACCGCCGCGACUAGUUCUUUUGGUAUUUGAAUGAAAUUAAAAGAAUUAAAGCGAGACAAUUGUCAGAAGCGUUUAUGUCCGUAAAUGUCGUUUACUAUAUCGAUGAAGCUAAAUUUAAUUUCUUCCGAGUACCAAAAGAUUGUACGCUCGACUUUAUAUAUUUUUAAAUAUUUUUAAAAGUCGGAUUUUUGUAAAGAUUCGAGGCGCGAGGUCAAUACGAUCUUUGAUUAGACGAUGCUUGUGAAAAUGUCCAACCGUUUAGUCGAUCGAUUACUUUAAAAUAAACACAAAAGUUGUAUUUCUUGAAUUGACAUAAAUAUUUAGGCAUUUAUAGGUUUUACCUUUGAGUCAAAUAGAGUUUCGGGCGCCUUCGAAUCGUUCGAAUCUGAAUGUACUAGAUUUUACCCCGUAUUUGUCUGUCAUUUUAACACACAUUCUAUCGAAAGCACUAAUAUUUUGUGAUUCACGUGAGGUCCAGCCUCAUUUUAUAUUAGGAUAACGUAACGAAGAUAUCGAUCAAAAAUAUAUACAUACUUAGUAAUUAAUAUUAACAAUUGAAUGUCCGUUUCACGAAAGUUUUACUUUGUUACUAAAUUGUAUACAUUUGGGGCAUAUUUCUAAUCACAUGUAAAACCUUUUGGGAACACAUCGUGGUCCCAAACGGUCCCUUUCCCUAUGGUUAAGGUACUCUAUACGUAUAGUCGUCAUAUAAUAUUAGUCGUUGGCAACACCGACACACUUACUUUGGUAUAGCGAUCUGUUGUUCGUUCGUGCUUCCGAUUUUAGUUCCAAAUACGCCCACGGAGCGCUGCCUAAGUUUAUAUUAAUAUUCUUGUAUGUUAUUGCCUUCGUUUCAUCAGUGCUGAGGGUGCUGUUCUGUUGGUUAAUUUAGAGCUAAAACACACACACUCGUUCGUGUAUGACCCAUAAUCAUAAAUACUUUUUAUAUAUCCAUUAGCACUUUCGCGAAACGGAGAAAGCAUUUUAAAAAAUCUUAAUGUUCAUAGAAAAAAUGUAAGCGAUAGGUGUUUUAACGAAAUGUCUAUAUCUGUCGAAAAUAGUAGUCGACGGUCGGGUCUUUGACCAAAUGUCAUAUCAAAUAAUCUCAUGCAAGAUAAAUAGCGAAGUUAUGCAUUUAUUUCUUGGCAAUCAAAGCCAGUUCAAUUAUAAUGUAUGUCUUUCGCCUUAUAUUUUGCAUUACUAAAAUCGAUUUCGCUCGGCUAAAUCACUCAAUUGCCCUACGCCAUUAGCGAGUUUCUACUGCAGAUUUAAAAGUUAAUGGGUCAGACAUUGUAGAUAUGUUAGACUACCCUACAGUAUUCCGUUUGAUCUCAGUCUAAAGUCUUAAACGAAUCUUGUCCAAGCAGGCGCAUGAAAGGCGGGGGGGGACUUAUAAAGUGUAUUUAGACUUCGCUUUCGCCAAACUAAUUUAAGAAACCAGCUCACAGACCUCUGAGCAGUAUCUCUAGAUAUUUGUAUGCUUAGUCCUAAUGCACUUUAUAAAUGCCAGCCUUAGAGUCGUUCAUUAAGUGAUUUCUAAUAGUAGAAUAGUUACCCGUCUUUUAGUCAACGACUGAUUAAUGCUUAUGUCCUUACCGUUAAUCAGAGAAUCUACGGCUGCAAAAAAGCAAUGAUUAAAUGUAACAUUUGAUACAAUUUUGUUGAGUAACAUUUAUUUUAGGAAGUAUUUUUUUUUUUUUAUUGUUGAAACUCUACUGUAUUUGUAUUGUAAUACAGAAAUAUUAAUACAUCUUAUGCCUAGAUAUAUCUAUUUCUAUAUAGAAUGAGAAUGAGAAUUUAUUUAUCUUAUUUAUCUUAUACAUACAUUGCUUUAUGAUAAACUUACUUUAACUUACUUUAAUUAACUUUAACUUAAUUUAAUUAAUAAUAAUAAUAAUAAACUUGCAAUAAGCUUAAAGCUAUGUAUUAUACUGAGAGACUGGUGCUUGAAAAAGGUUGGGAAAACCUGUUAUUACAAGUCACCAGUCCCUCUUGAACAUAGUGUUGCAAAAAGUAUUGCUAAUUGCUAACAAGUCACUAAAAACGAACGAAAAUAAAUAAUUUAUAAAAAUAUAUAAAAAAAUAAAUAAAUAAAAAAUAAAGAAAUUGUAAAAAGUGAAAGCAUUUGUGAGUGUGUGUGUGUGAGUGUACGGGUCAGUGUGAUUUCCGUAUAAUUUCCGUCACGGAAGAGAUUAAUUAGUGUUAAAACAAAUAAAGCAAUGUAGAUCUUUCCUAAUUUAUUGUAAUGUUUUAAGUACGACUGAAAUUAAAUUAUUUAAAUGAU